ACGAAACGUCAUCCGAGGGGGACGUCCCUGUAUUUCUCCCACGUGGAGGGAGGCAGAGCAGCAGUUUCCGGGGGAACCGGCGAGCGGGCUAUGGCGGCGCUUGUUUCUGAAGCGGAGCCGCUGAGUAAGCAGCCCCCUUCCGAUGCUGACCGAGGGGAGCAGGUCCAGCAGCCCGGGAACGGCGAGGAAGCGGCCGCCUCGGUAGAAGCUGGACCAGGGAAACCGCAGGCAGCUGCCCCGGGCACGAAGCGGAAGGAGGCGCCCGCCAUCCCCAGAGGAAAGCCUAAAUCGGGGCGGGUAUGGAAAGACACCGGCAAGAAGCGGUGAGAGUUUGAUCUUCGCCUUUAGGCGGCGGGACCUUGUUUUGCGCUACUUACUGCGUUUGCGUAUGGUGCAAACUGAAGGUUAACAAGCAAGUGGCGUGCAGUUAAUUUUUGUUCUGAUUUUGAAACAAAUUUGACUCACAGGUGGUUUGCAAUGCUUAAAUAAGCCCUCUCCAAUCGUUUCCGCAGAAUAGUUCGAUUGUUCUACACAGUGUCUUUGCCAGUCUGUGGAGAGCAUGGCCUGCAAAGUGUGUAGCCCCGUCUGAUGAACAGGAACUUAGAAACAAGCUUCACUUGAGUUGUUUGUUAUCAUCAUCGAUUUAUUAAGCACCUUCUAAACAACCAUAUCAAGGCGAUGCACGCUAAAAAUAACUAAAAAGAGUUAAGAGCAAAAAAAAAAAUAGUGUAUAUGUUUAAAGCCAACGCCUAUACAUUUAAAGCCUUUGUAUGGUUUUACGCUCAUGGCAGUGGUUGGUAAUGGCUCCGUUUUCUCCUUGCUAGGUUUUCUCUCAUGACUCUGGAUAAGCCUUUGCGUACCUCCUGGGAACGCAAGAUGAAGGAACGUCAGGAAAAGAAACUAGUCAAAGAUUUUGCACGGCAGUUGGUGGAAGAAAAACGAAAGGAGCGUGAGGUGAGAGAAAAUUGUGAUAUAAAGUGGUCUGCUGAAUAGUGGUUCCUAGGUCUGGAAGCAGGCAGAUGGCCUGUUCUGAAUAGAGUCGGGUCCCCUUCGAAAGAACAGGUGUGUCACCCAAGGAUGUGCCUAGAUUCAUCUUUGUCGCUGGAGACCCAAGUGUCUUAAGUAGCUAGGAGUGCCAGCUCUGACUAGAUCGCCAGGAUCUGCCAUUCCUGGACUUGGGAUAGACUUUUCACAGUAAUACAUGUUCUGAUAACCUCUCUUGGAUUACUGCCGUGUGUUGCAUGCAGUGCUGCCCUUGAAGACAACAUGAAAGCUACAGUUAGCAUACAGGGCAACUCCCUGGUUAUUAAGUGCAGCAGCUGACUGAAGCUGUACGUGUACUGAAAGAUUUGCACUGUCUUUCAAAAAAUUACUAAUCUGAACUCAAAGUUUUGUUGAUAACUUAUCUUAUAAAACUUGGGACCUAAAUACUUAAAGAGCAUCUCCCCACUCUAGUAUUGUUCUGCCGACAGGUUAAGAUAUUUGGAUAAGCCCUUCAUGUUCAAGGACUAUCCACUAUGCAAUAGUAAGUUAGAGGGUCUUCUUUGCUGUGACACAUGUCCUCUCUUCUGGGCAGUGUUAGAAACUCAAAUAUAUAAGCUAAUUUUCAAUGCCCUUAAACCUGGGUUACGGUCGCCACAACAGAAUGUCUAGGCACCAAUUAACUUUAUUAUUAUUAUUAUUAUUCAUUUAAUUUAAUUUCUGUACUGCCUUAUAUUUUUAAAUAAACUGCUUUGGGAUUUCCCCCAACACAUUAAAACAUCAAAUAAAAGAAUCCAGAAUAAAACAAAUUCAAGCUUCAAGGAAAAUAUUUCAGAUCCUCUAAGUGACAUUUGGCUUUCCCCAUUAUUUGCCUAUUUAAUAUAUAUAGUUGUCCCAUAGCAGAAGUACUCUAGGAAGCCAGUGUGCUGUGGUGAAUAGAAUGUUGGACUAGGACCUGGGAGAUCAGGGUUCAAAUUCCCACUGUUGUGGCUCUAAAAUAAUACAUAUAAUUGGUUUCACUGUCUUCUCCUUCAGGAGAAAAAACUGCGAAGGGAAGAAAACUUAAGAAGAAGACUGGAGAAUGAGCGGAAGGCAGAGGUUGUGCAAGUGGUGAGUCUCCCCUUUUAAGUCCUUAGUUUUCUCUUGAAGAAGAAACUUGCCUUCUGUGAGAAGCACUGUUGCAAUAACACAGAACAUCUGUUCUCUUCGUGUUGCGCUUAUCUUGAUAGAAAUGACAUGUUAGACCAUGUUUCCUAGUUGCUGCUAAUUGAGGAGGAGUGUUUAGGGGAGGUGUGGGCCUGUUUUCAUCUAACAAAUAUACAAAGUUUAUCCAAACCCUCACUUACCGUAGGUUGAGUUUAGCCUAACCCACGCAUUUUACAUAUAAAUCUGCUAAAACUAGGGCACCAUUUCUGUUUCCAGUGAGAGUGAGCCGAGAGAGGUGUAGAAAUUGUUUUGAGUUAUUAGUACAGAAGCUUCAAGCUUGUCUUUAUUGUGGUUGGAUGAUGGAGCGGCUGCUUAUUUCACCUUACAAUUACUAUAUAUCCACCACUUAUUGAGCUAAGAAGCCAGUGGAGAAGCCCCUAAUUUUCUAUGGCCUAUUUCGGGAUGCCUCCUGGAGGUGUUAGCAUACUAUUGGCACUGGCCCAGACCUUACUUUCAGUUGCCACGUCACCAAGCCAAGUUUUACAGAAAGCACCACUGCCUGAGCUGCUAAUGUUUUGCCGGUUCCAUUGAGUUAUGGCAGCACAGUGCAACCCUGCAGCAUAGGAAGCAAUGGCCUGGAGCAGGGGUGAGGCUAUGCAAAACAGUAACUGCCCUACAAGCUCUUUCAGACCAGCCCUUGCAUGUAACUGUUUAAUGGCAACAUCUGUCAAGCCAUGAGUGUCUAGCCCCAAGAGUUUUCCAAGUCAGAAAAUCAUAGAACCAUAGAGUUGGAAGGGACCCCGAGGCUCAUCUAGUCCAACCCCCCUGCAUUGCAGGAUUUUUUUGCCCAAUGUAGUCACGGAGAUACAAUGUUGUACAGCAAAAUGGGUGAGACUCUAGCCAGACUAAUACUAUGUGAAUGUGGAUGAAUAUCUAUAAUCCUAGUUGCUGAUCAAUGCAAGAAUGGGGUGGAGCCAAAAUCUUGCAAGAAUAGUGUCUAAUUCAGGAGUAGCCAACGUGGUGCCCUCCAGAUGACUACAGCUCCUAUCCUUGGGGUGCUGAAAGGACUUUGUUUCAUAAAUGGAUCAUUUUCACCAUUCUUAAAAUCUGUGGAUUGCAAGACUGACAUGGACGGUUUCUGGGCUCGCAAAGCACUUGCAUCAUCUUUCGGAUGCCCAUCUGAAUACCUCUAGGUCCCAGGAUUGCAAGGCCUUUUCAGGUUGUGUGGCUCAAACGUCAUAAUCUGUUUCCUUAUCAUGGUGCCUUUCAGGUCUAGGCAAAUGGGCACAGCUUUUCUGGAUGUGCAGUUUCAUCUCUCAAGAGAUGUCAUUGAUCUGAUGUUUUCGUUAAAACAGUCUUGUUUACAGCAGUUGGCCACCAUAUUUCGCUUUUCCUGACUGGCACCAUUGCAGAGCUGCUUUCCAAAGUUUCACUCAUCGUUCCCUCAUGCAUACCACUUAUAAUUGAUCUAUAUUAAAAAUAGUAAUGUUCCGUCAUGGAGUUCCAUUGCGCUAGAAGCGGCUUAGUCAUGCUGGCCACAUGACCCGGAAAGUUGUCUGUGGACAAACACCAGCUCCCUCGGCCUGAAAGCGAGAUGAGUGCCACAACCCGGUUGCCUUUGACUGGACUUAACUGUCCAGGGGUCCUUUACCUACCUUUUAUUAGUAAGAAUAAUGGUGUAUUCACAAAAUCUUCAGUCUCAUGUCAUAAAACAAUAUAGGACAUAAUGUGCGUGCCAAAUGAUAGAUCAAGAUUCUUUUGCAGAUCUCUGGAUAAUUUGAAGAACAUCUCCAAAGAUGCAUGACCCCCAAUUGUUUAGUGGUAUCACACAUACCUUUAAAAACCCCUCCAUCCAUCCUAAAUUAUACUGAUGAAAUGAAGAGUGUGUAUUGGAGUAGGGCAGGUGCAUGGGAGAACUGUGAAUUCAGUUCUGGUACUCAGGAUCAAUCUCCUGCACUUGUAAUCCUUUCAUUCAAAGUGUACUAUAUUCAAAGUAUACCUUGAUAUUCUGGUUGGUGGAUCUCUGGAUCCAGUAAAAAUCAAAGGGUGUAUCCCCAAGUCGAAAGUCUUGUCUAUCCCUGUUCUGAAGCCUCUGGUGAAGAGCAGGAGACUUGUUCUUCCUGAGAGUUCUUAAGUCUCAUAUACAAGAGUGCUGGCAGCACCACUGUCAUUUCUUUUCUGCUCCUUCCUCCAGAUUCGGAAUCCAGCAAAACUGAAGCGUGCAAAGAAGAAGCAACUGCGUCGCAUUGAGAAGCGGGACACACUGGCAUUGCUGCAGAAACGCCAAACGCAGCGCAAAGCAGCCAAGGAAUGAGUCCGAGACGGGUCUCCCUCCCUACUCUCCGUAAAUAGAAAAUGACUUCUUGAGAUGCGCUGGCCAGAUGCACUGCUGGUUUGCUCCCUGGCUUCUCUUGGCCCCGGAGAUCAGAUUCUUCCAGAGAAGGCUACAUUGCAUCCAAAUGCCCCUCAGCUGAAGCCUCCCUUUUGCUUUUGUGUGGAGGUGGCAAAGCAGAAUCCUCCAGAGUGAAGUGCUUGGACAUCUUUUUAAAAACUAAACGUUCUCCAGGAUAGCAGCAGACCCCAGACUUUAUGAAAUGGGGCAAUGCCCUAAAGGGGUUUGUCUGAGGAUUCACAACUUCCAGACUGUAGGGUUAUAUAUAAAAGAUCAUAAAUAGCCUGGUUGCUGUUGUAAAGGUAUUCUUCUGGGUUAGGGAUGGAAUGGGACAUUUGACUGGUUCUGCAGUUAUUAAAAUAAUUGCUUUCUGGAUUUA